AUGACUCCUAAUACCUAUGUGGUCGAUGAGCCCUUCAGAGACGAAAUUGCUUUGGCAGAACAGAAAGCAAUUGACAAUCAAUUAACCUCACACACAAAUCCAUUAUUAAAAGUGGAUAUAUUACCGGGUAAAGGAAGAGGAUUUGUUGCAACAUCAAUUGUCCUACCUGGCACCAUUCUUCAUACAUCAGUCCCUCUGGCAGCAACUGUAUCUGAUGAAUGGACACCUGAAACCUGUGGCUGGUGCUUUAAUUUCAGCUACCCAAAGAAAAUGCGACACAAGGCAUUGGACGAACUAGAAUCUCGAGAGAUGUCUACCAAGUGGACAAAGGAAAAUAAAUCAAAGAAAACUAUUUCGAUAUCACAAAAAAAAUUGCUAUUUUGUUCAAAAGAGUGCAAAUCAGCCUAUUUAAGCCACGGAUAUUCUAGAGAAUGGGAAUUGCAUAUUGCUACAUUGAGUCUUUUAGAGAAAGAGACAAAGCGUCGAGCUGGUCUUGCCGCAGAAGAACCAGACACCACCCCAGAAGACAAUACUAUUCCAACAGAAUUUAUCGAACUCGACGAUGACAUUCGUGUCCAGCAGUGGAUCGACGAAGCGUGGUCCUGUAUCACUCAAGCCACCGAUUUCAUUUCACAGGCAAAAUUAUAUUCAUCCGGACCAGCCGAUAAUACCAUGUGUCGCUUAAUAGCUGCCUGUUUGGUCCGAAAACAGUGUGAAGAAGCCUCGCUCUAUCCUGAUAUUAGCAUCCCGAGCUACAAAGACCUAUUGACCAUCCAGGACAAUGAAUUGUCGCAUUUCCGAAUCCAAUACCGUGCUAGUAUGCCUACUCACAGGAACUCGAUACCAUACACCAAAGGCCAACCUGUGUCGGCUUUUUUGAAAUAUAUGCCUCCUAGUGUACUUGACAUCAUUAGAACUUCUCUCUUCUUCUCAGCCGCUCUUUCGGCACCUGGUAUUGAACCCCGUCUCGAGUACUCUCAUGAGCUAUUCCGCUCCGUUUACUUCCGGGAAAUGUCAAAUAGCUUUGGUAUCUGGGAAAUCCCAAAGAAUCCAUCCGCUAUCACAGAGGAGCAAGGCGUAACAGAUGAUCUUGAACUGCUUGGUUGGGGAAUAUAUCCUAUGGCUGUGUAUUUCAACCAUUCAUGUGAUGCAAAUGUAAUCAAGCUGCGCAGAGAUCGCAAUAUGGUUUUUGUAGCAAGACGCACUAUUCAAAAAGGAGAGGAAGCAUGCAUAUCAUAUGGAUCAGUCGGAGAAGGCAGUAUCAAGCUACACAACUCAAACGAUCUACAGCCUAUCGAUAUUGGACCUGCAUCAUCGAAAAAACAAAGCAACAAACGAUAA